AAGGUAAUGUAUCUUUGGAAGAAUGCAGGGUAAGGUUUUGGAGUGAAGAGGUCUGGUUGUGCUCGAGCUAGUUAAUCUUAAGUCUGUAUUAAUACUAUAGUUUAAUUAUAUUAGUAAAUUGUUUAAGUUGUUUAGAGAUAGUAGUAGUCAAUAGUUAAUCAAUAUAUAAUAACUGUAUAUGUUUUUGUGCCUUGCUGGAAACGGGUACAGCGCUGGUGAAACUAGCAGUUUGUAAACAAUAAUAGCUUUGCAUGUCGCUGUGCCCAUCUUCAGUAAAAGUUACCAUCAAGUUUAUCAUAAAAGUCUGUAAAAGUUUAUAAAUUGUUAAAUAAGUUAAUAGGUAGGUUAAAAUUAGUAAACUAUAGUUGAUUAAUGUAUCAGUAUUGCAUAUGAAUUUGUGUUGGUUGGAGAUGGUUACAGUACACGUGAAGUCGCUAGGCACAUUCUGUCUGUGUUGCCUUUAUAGUCAUACGUCAUUAAAAACCUUUCUUGACAAAUAAUUUGUUGUUUAGUUUCUCUUUUGCAGACACUACUCAACCUCAUUACAUCUGUGGUGGGAAGUAGCGAUCACCCAGAGACCCAUUAGGGUCCUGACGUGUGCCACCUCCUUCCAUUAAUCUCCACACCUUAGGUGCCCGAACACUUUGCUUUGCAAUGCCUAAGGGCCUUCAUGUAUUCAAUCGAAGAAGUCACCGAAGAAAGGGCCAGCUUGCUCACCAAUGUUAUGCACCACAGAUCUUUGAAGCUACCUUUAUGUAGAUGAAACUUUCAGAAGCAGCACUCCAUUUUGGAACCUACCUUUUUUUGAGAGCAUAUUGGACUUUCCAAGGCACCUUCUGUCUGGGCUACAUAUAUUGCUUACUCCUAAAUACAUCAGAGGACAAUGAGGUCUUUUUAUUUUUUGUGUAUUUUCACACUAUAUAGUGAAGUUUCUUCCAUCGCAUUUUGUUCAAUGGGAAAAACUUGAGCAAGACUUGUGGUUGGCUUUUUAUUUUACUAGAUUUCCCUUAAGGAGCCAAAUCUUUAUGAAACAUGUCCACCAUAGCUUUAUUUGUAUUUUUUUUCAUUUGUGACUGAGACAGUAUAUUAAUUUCAGCAUAUUUUAGCUGUUUUGGUGUGAACCUGGCUUUCUGAAUUACAGCAUAUAUCAUAAUACAAGGAAUUAAAUUAUUUCAAGUUUUCAGAAAAUAAUUUGUAUGUAUCAGAAAUAUUUUAUGGCUAUUCAUGGCUCAUUAAUAUAGCAGUUUAACGGUACUAAUAUGAGGCAUUGCAUUAAUUGUUGCAUACAGUUAUUACCAAAUGACUUGCACAAACAGUGUUUCAGAUGCCGUGGGUCUAAUCAUAUUAACCAGAAGUGUCCUGUGUGCAAACAAGGAAAUAUAAUUCCUUUGUAUGUGGAUAGUAAGCAGAUGAACUUGCUAGCAGUUUUGGAAGUAAGGACUGAUCAUAAUGAAAGCUGGAAUGGAUUUUUUUGCUUGAGGAAAGGGAAGCUAUGCAGCUUGAUAUUUGGGUUGAUAAUAAUGACUUUAGUGAUGGCAUCAUACAUACUGACUGGAGCCAAACAUGGCCUAUUACUAAUACCUUCGCCAUUCCAUUAUGGAGCUUUUACUGGCAACCCAAACUUAAUGGACAAUGAAAGCCUUAGUGAGACGAAAGACCAUUACCAGUCUUCUAAAAUUAAUAUUUCAUAUGUAAGGGAUUAUCCAAGCAUUAAAUUAAUUAUUGACACUAUUACUUCAAAGAUUGAGUUUAUAAACAGACAACGUCCAGAUUUAGAAGAUCUGAAGAAACAAGAACUGCAUAUGUUUUCUAUAAUUCCUAAUAAAUUCCUUCCGAAUAGCAAGAAUCCUUGUUGGUAUGAAGAAUAUAGAGGAAAUACUACAACAGAUCCUUACACAACAAACUCAUAUGCACUGUAUUCAAAGCGUUUUCGGACCAUAUUUGAUUACCUCAGAAAAGUAUUUUGGAACCACUUGUAUCAUUAUAAGGAUAAGCACUAUCGGCUGCGCUGUCUUCCUCAUUUCUACAUAAUAGGCCAGCCAAAAUGUGGAACGACCGAUCUUUAUGACAGGCUCAGGUUACACCCAGAUGUUAGAUUCUCAGCAAUUAAAGAACCACACUGGUGGACAAGGAAGCGAUUUGGAAUAAUUCGUCUGAGGGAUGGAUUUCAUGAUCGCUACCCAGUGGAAGAUUACCUUGAUCUGUUUGACUUGGCUGCAUAUCAGAUUCAGGGUGUGUUACAGAGUGAUGUAACAAAAGGGCGCAGCAAGAUGAACCACAUCAUCGUUGGAGAGGCCAGUGCUUCUACAAUGUGGGAUAACAAUGCCUGGGUUUUCUUCUAUGACAACAGUACUGAUGGAGAACCUCCAUUUUUAAUCCAGGAUUUCAUCCAUGCUUUCCAGCCCCAUGCCAAACUUAUCGUCAUGCUGAGGGAUCCUGUUGAAAGAUUGUAUUCGGAUUAUCUGUACUUUGCAAGUGCGAAUAAAUCCGCCGAAGACUUUCAUGAAAAAGUGGCAGAAUCCCUGCAGCUGUUUGAAAAUUGCAUGCUGGAUUACUCACUGAGAGCCUGUGUCUACAACAACACCCUUAACAAUGCCAUGCCUGUGAGGCUACAGGUUGGCCUUUAUGUUGUGUAUCUCUUGGACUGGCUGACUGUUUUCGACAAGGGUCAGAUACUAGUUCUCCGCUUAGAGGAUCAUGCAUCCAAUGUUAAAUACACCAUGCAUAUGGUGUUCCAGUUUCUGGAUUUAGGGCCUAUAAGUGAGAAACAAGAAGCUCUAAUUACAAAGAGUCCUGCAUCAAACACUAGACGUCCUGAAGACCGAAAUCUGGGACCCAUGUUACCAACGACAAAGGCAAUUCUAAGAGACUUCUAUAGGCCUUUUAAUACAAAACUGGCGCAAGUUCUUUUUGAUGAUGCUUUUUUAUGGAAAAAGACAUAAUAUGUAAAUUCACUUCCACAAAUACACUGCUUUAAGGA